AUGUUCACGUCCGUGAAAUGUGCUGUGCUGUGCCCCGUAGGCUGUAGUGUGCUGUCCCGUGCCCUGAGGUGUAGUUCCAGGCUUCCCCAGGGCGUUGCCGCCGGUUCUGGCGUCAUCCAGGCACCUCCACAAGCUCCACGCCUUUCCACCACCUCCACCUCCUCCUCCUCCACACCCAGCUCCCCGCCUUUCCACCAGUAUAAAGCACUGACAAAAACUCUCCACCUACACCCCUACCACCUUCACUACCACCUCCACCUCAACCACCACCACCACCUACACUUCUACCUCCACCUCAACCACCACCACCACCUACACUUCUACCUCCACCUCAACCACCACCACCACCUACACUUCUACCUCCACCUCAACCACCACCACCACCUACACUUCUACCUCCACCUCAACCACCACCACCACCUACACUUCUACCUCCACCUCAACCACCACCACCACCUACACUAUCAGCAGGUGCCUGCGCGUGAGAACAUCACCCCCACUGUGACUUUGACCCUACUGAGUGCCUCUGCCCUUAACUCCUCCUCUUCCUCCAACACCACCUUCUCUUGCUCCACCACCCCUUCCACCUCCUCAACCACGGUGGAGCGAUCAGGCCGUGAAAGUGAGCUCUCAAAAAGAAAAGUGCAACGGGAGCAGAUUGGACGGGCGCACUACUGUGUGAACGACGUGAGCCGCAUCCCUGUGGAGAGCUGUGAGCAGUACCGCGGCUGCAGCGAGUGUCUGGGAUCUGGAGACCCCCACUGCGGAUGGUGUGUCCUGCACAACGUCUGUUCGAGGAAGGACCGGUGUGAGCGAGCGGAGGAGCCGCAGCGUUUCGCCUCCAGAAUCGAGCAGUGUGUUCGCCUCAACGUCCAGCCCAACAGCAUCUCUGUCACCAUGUCGGAAGUGGAGUUGGUGCUGCAGCCCCAGAAUGUGCCCAGCCUGGCGGCGGGGGUCAACUGCUCCUUCGAGGACUACGUGGAGACGGAGGGCUACCUGCGCGGCUCACGCGUCAUCUGCCACUCCCCCACCACGCGAGACGUGGCGCCCAUCACACGCAACACACCAGGGGAUAAGCGUGUCAUCAAGCUCUAUCUGAAAUCCAAAGAGACGGGCAAGAAGUUUGCCAGCGUUGACUUCGUCUUCUACAACUGCAGUGUCCACCAGUCGUGCCUGUCGUGUGUGAAUGGCUCCUUCCCCUGCCACUGGUGCAAGUACCGCCACAUGUGUACGCACAACGCUAACGACUGCUCUUUCCAGGAGGGCCGCGUCAACACGUCCGAGGAGUGUCCUCAGAUCCUGCCCUCCACCCAGAUCUACAUCCCUGUGGGUCUGAUGAAGCCCAUCACCCUGCUGGCCCGCAACCUUCCUCAGCCGCAGUCGGGCCAGCGCAACUACGAGUGCAUCUUCCACAUCCAGGGAUCCACUUACAGCGUCACCGCGCUACGCUUCAACAGUACCAGCAUCCAGUGCCAGAAGACCACCUACGACUACGAGGGAAAUGACAUCAGCGACUUACCUGUUGAUCUCUCGGUGGUGUGGAACGGCAACUUUGUUAUUGACAACCCUUACAACAUACAAGCUCACCUGUAUAAAUGCUACGCGCUGCGAGACAGCUGUGGGAUGUGCCUGAAGGCCGACCCCAGGUUCGACUGCGGCUGGUGCGUCCAGGAGAGGAAGUGCUCGCUGCGGCAGGAGUGCGCCCCGCCCGAGAGCAGCUGGAUGCACGCUGGCUACGGAAACAGCCGCUGCACCCACCCCAAAAUCACCAAGGUGUCCCCGGAGACGGGCCCCAAGCAGGGCGGCACCCGGCUGACCAUCAUCGGGGAGAACCUGGGCCUGCAGUUCCAGGACAUCCGCAACGGCAUCCGCCUGGGCCCUGUACCCUGUAUACCCAUACCUGAGGAAUACAUCAGUGCAGAGAGGAUCGUGUGCCUCCUGGGAGAUGCCACGGCCUACCCGGCGCAGCAGACCACUAACCUGGAGGUGUGCGUUAAGGAGUGCCAACCAGAGUACAGGGCCCUCAAACCACGCGCAUUCACCUUCGUGUCCCCGUUCUUCCUGCGCGUGGUGCCGGCUCAGGGACCGAUCUCCGGGGGGACCCGCAUCACCAUCGAGGGAAGCCACCUGAACGCGGGCAGCUCGGUGGCCGUCAGCAUCGGGCGACAACCCUGCCUCGUCAAGAAGCGGACUCCUAAAGAGAUCGUGUGCAUGACCCCGGCGGGUCUGGCCGCGGGCAGCGUGCCCGUCACGGUGGACAUCGACUAUAGUCUAUAG